AUGUUUUGGCGCACAGAAAUUUAUUUCAGAAGUGAACCUAUUUCUUCAGAAGAUGAGGAUGGAGAGACUCAAGAAAACAAGAUAAAAUCUCUGAGCAAAUAUUUGCCUCCAAAGAAAACAAUCACUCAGAUUAUGAAGGACAAAAAGAAGCAGACACAACUCACUUUGCAAUGGUUAGAAGAAAAUUACAUUGUCUGUGAAGGAGUUUGUUUGCCCCGAUGUAUCCUUUAUACACACUAUCUGGACUUCUGUAGAAAGGAGAAACUUGAGCCUGCUUGUGCUGCAACAUUUGGGAAGACAAUUCGCCAGAAAUUUCCUCUCCUCACCACUAGGCGGCUGGGUACAAGAGGCCAUUCCAAAUAUCACUAUUAUGGAAUUGGCAUCAAAGAAAGCAGUGCAUAUUAUCAUUCUGUGUAUUCUGGCAAAGGUUUAACAAGGUUUUCUGGAAGCAAGUUGAAGAAUGAGGGUGGUUUUACACGGAAGUAUUCUUUAAGCUCCAAAACUGGGACUCUUCUUCCAGAAUUCCCCAGUGCUCAGCACCUUGUGUUGGACCAAUGCAUCUCUAAAGACAAGGUGGACACCCUUAUCAUGAUGUACAAAACUCACUGUCAAUGUGUCCUUGACAAUGCCAUUAAUGGAAACUUUGAAGAGAUCCAACAUUUCCUACUACAUUUCUGGCAAGGAAUGCCAGACCAUCUUCUUCCCCUGCUUGAAAAUGCAAUUAUCCUUGACAUCUUCUGUGUUUGCGACUCAAUACUCUAUAAGGUCCUUAUAGAUGUACUCAUCCCUGCAACUAUGCAAGAAAUGCCAGAAGGAAUAUUGGCUGAUAUAAGAAUUUUUGCUAAAAACUGGGAACACUGGAUUAUUUCUGCCCUAGAAAAUCUACCAGAAGAACUUGCAGCAAAGAAAUUACCGAUUGCACGGAGAUUUGUAUCUUCCCUGAAGCGUCAGACCUCUUUUUUGCACUUAGCCCAGAUUGCACGACCCGCUCUCUUUGAUCAACAUAUAGUGAAUGCCAUGGUUACUGAUAUUGAAAAGGUCGAUCUGUAUGGCAUCGGAUCUCAGGCACUUCUCACAAUUUCAGGGAGCCUGAACUCUGAGGUGGAGGCCUACACUGAAUUGUUCCAAGAACUGAAGGACCUCUUAAAGAAGAAUGCUACUGUGGAAUCGUUUAUUGAAUGGCUGGAUACUGUCAUUGAGCAAAGAGUUAUUAAGGCAAGCAAGCAGAAUGGUCGGUCUCUAAAGAAGAGAGCCCAAGAUUUCCUUCUCAAGUGGAGCUUUUUUGGAGCUCGAGUAAUGCAUAAUCUCACUUUGAACAAUGCAUCCAGUUUUGGUUCAUUUCAUCUCAUCCGCAUGCUUUUAGAUGAAUACAUCCUGCUUGCGAUGGAGACCCAAUUCCAGAAUGAUAAAGAACAAGAACUUCAGAAUUUAUUGGACAAAUAUAUGAAGAAUCUAGAUGCCAGUAAAGCCACCUUUACAGCAUCCCCCAGUUCUUGUUUCCUAGCAAACCGCAACAAGGCUGCUCCAAUUGCUAGUGAUACCUCAGUGAAAAACGAAUGCCUGAUGGAGAAAACCUAUUUCUCUUUAUCAUCCGGUCAUCAUAAUAGCAUAUCGUCCGGUGCAAAUCCCUGUCCUGCAGGAGACAGUGAGAAUGUGCAACCCACAGGUCAGACCGACCUCUCUCAGAGCACUGCCCACCUUAUCACUCCACCCAUUUCUCCUGCCAUGGUCAGCCGAGGAAGUGUCAUCAACCAGGGACCGAUGGCUGCCAGGCCAUCCAGUGUAGGUUCGUCAUUAUCUGCACACUCGCACUGCUCUUCUUAUUCUGAAUACCUCUACCCGACGGUGCCACAAAUGAACCAGAACAUGUAUGGAGCCAGUGCCACUUAUCCAGCCAUGUUCAGGGCCCAGACUCAUCCACCUUCGGGAUCCUGUCCCCAGAGGGCAGAAUCUAACUUUUGUCCAGCAGCCAAUGAGCAGCAACGUUUCUCCCGGGACUACUUCAAUAGCAGUUGUGCUGUGUCUUCAUAUAGUACCCAUUCUCUUCCUCUCUAUGGAUCCUCUUCAGCUGCACAGGACACACAUUGUAUGCAAUUUGUGAACAAUGGGAGUUGCAGUUUUAUGAACAACACCACCACAAGUUCUUGUCAAGGAUCAUCAUAUUCCACAGCUGCUUCUAACGGGUUCUAUGGAAAUAAUGCAAACUAUUCAGAUUCCCACAGAUUUGAGUCAUUGGUAGAUCAGCACGUUUCUGUCAUCAGCAGCGUAAGCAGCAUUCGGCCAUUGCCUCCAUACAGUGACAUUCAUGAUUCACUCUGCAUCCUAGAGGAUACAGGAAGGAAACAGGCAGCAUCUUAUUAUCCAGAUGCCUCAAUCGCUGGUCAGAACUCUAUAACUUCAGAAAUGCUGCCUGCUCUGCCUACAAGUUCCUCUCAAUGCAUGUAUGGCCAUUCUCGACAGUGCCCUUCUCAGGAACCAAUGGACUCUUCUGGACAAGCUAACAAUGAGAUGGUGUCAUCCUUACCACCGAUUAAUAUUGUCUUCAUGGGAACUGCUGCUGGAGGCACCUGAUUUUUUAGUUCUCGCUGACUUCCUCCACUUCACAACUUUUUCCAUCAGUUGUUUUUCAUCCAAAUUUCAUCCAAUUUUACAAA